AGUCCCAGCAAGCGCCGCGGGUACUGGUGAAGGCUGUCUGCUCUUUAUUUUGAUCCGUUCAUCCGAUGUUAAUUCGUUUGUGUGGGCUACUGUGAAACGAUUUUGUCUAUUUUUGGGAAGAUUUGUGGUGUGAAAGUAAAGUAAUGCGAAAGGUGCACCCAAUAGGCUGUAUUGAAAGACAAAUGACUGUUUCCUUCCAUUUGUCUCUUGACGUCAUAUCUGUGAACAAGAUUUGAUCGAUUUUUGACUGCUGUCUAAUUCGCUAACCAUUGCUAAGAAUUACCGGGAAGAUAGAAGAUCCCUUUUCACUCGUCGCUUGAUAAAAGAACAAAGACAUCUGCGAGCGGCUGAGGAUUAUCCGUUUUCUUCUUCAGAUCGACGAAAAGGGUCAUCAGUUAAAAAAAAAAUCUUCAUUGUAAAAGAAGUUCAUCGUCUAGUUUGACCCUUCAUUGAUCAGUCAGUUUUGGAUUUCACAUUAUUCAUCGUGUCUUCGCCCUUAAAACCGACGGCCAUUACGGUGUCAGAAUAUUUCAGACCUUGUUCCAAGUCGAUAAACCGCGAAGGGUUUCAUUCGAUUUGUAGUAAAUAUUAAAUCCUGCUCUGCUGCCGUGAUGGGGAUUUUCCGAUCCUUUGAACGAUAAAAAAGGAAGUUAUUUCUCUUGGUUGAAGGAUAGCUUCAAUAUUCAAGGAAUCUUACGUUUACUUCAUAUUGCGAACAGCUGACUUCAGACAUCUUUGCCUUGACUGUCAGAAUUUCUCAUGGCUGAGCAGAAAACUGCCGAAAGUAGAGAAUGUGGGCCAGGGGAAAGCAACUCCAGUAGUCCAGAGCAACCUCGCAGCCCAGAUUCAAAGUCUUUAAACAGUGACCAUGAAUACAUCAUGCUUGCUACACCUGAUGUUGAAUCUGAUUCAGGUUCAGGUGUGUCAGUUUGUAAAUCUCAGGGGAGUAGUGUUAGUAGUUUUGCUGAUGUGAUAAUCCCUGAUAUGGAGGCUACCUUGGAGAAGGGAAGGACAGAGGAGGAGCUGCAGCAUUUGGUGGAGGAUGCAAAAAAGGACUUCUCUCAUAGCUCUGCAUCAGUUCCAGAGGUAUUCUUUAGUCCAGGUUCAGAGAGCAAAUCUCGCAAUGCUCCUCUCCCUAAUGACAAUUCAUUAGCAGCAAAUGGCAAUAUUGAAUUAAUACCCCAUGAAAACAAUUGUCAGGUUUUGAAUCCAUGUGUUGUAAAAGAUGAUUCACAAACAAAAGAUGACAGCAUCCAUGGUGAUAAAAGCAACACAACUCAAGCAUCAAAUGUUGCAGAAGUCGACAAUGAGGAGUCAGCGCGACCUAGAGCAAGUACUGAUCCUGGACAAUCAGAUGAUGAGUGCGAUGAUAAUGCCAUAUCAUAUGAUGGAAUCACUUAUUUGGGAUCCUCCACUGUGAAUGCUCCAGUGAGUGAAAUUGAACUGAAAAGGACAAUGGCUAUCUUGCGAGAACAGACGGAGGUCACCAUUGAUGUUUUGUUGUAUGUAGGUUCUACAUCGGACAAGAUGAUCAGACUUAAAGACCCAGAGACACAGGCUGACAUUGCUACUUAUAAAAUACAGAGGAUCUUGUUUUGUGGUCGUGGUGAUGUUGAAGGAAGUGAAAGUGACUGCUUUGCCUUCAAUACUGUCCAUGGAGAUUCUGAGAUUUUCCAUUGCCAUGUAUUCAGAUGUAAAGAUCCAGAAAAGGCUGGAAAGAUCUUGAGAACAUUUGCUCUCUCCUUCAGAAGACAUAGGAAGAGAAAGCAACAGUUGCAGCAGCCAUCUGUGGAUACCCCUACAACAAUCACUGGUGUGAGCAACCUUGUGUUCAAAUUUGACCUGACUCUUGACAUUCUAGAGGAAGACAAUAAGGGAUUUUCCUCAGCAGCAAGGGACAAAAACUGCUUCAAAUUACGACAAGACCUGAAAAAGAAAGUGUCCAUCACAGUGCAACAGUUGACUAACAGACAUCUUAUUAUAGAGAGGUGUUUUGGCCUUCUUAUCUGUCCAGGAAAGAAUGUUCGAUAUUCUGACAUGCACUUAUUAAGUGAGUUAAGAAUGGAGGUUGGUGAGGGUGGAAAAACAUAUUUCAUUACUGGUUUAUGGGAUCCAGCUGUACGUGACUUGUUAGUGUUAAACACUGAGACGCCUAAAGACUCUCGACUGUUUGUGACAAUAGCUGUUGACUUAGUUGUGACUGGAGUUACAGAACCAGUCCGCUUCAUUGUUGAAACAAAGGCCAAAAUUUUUCCCAAUGGAGAAAAAUUCUUCUGGAGCCCCAGUAAACCAAAAUUCCAUGAAGUUUAUGUUAUGGAACUGAAGGAGGUUUUUGAUACUGACACUGGAGAGAAAGGAUGUGAAGUGAAAAGUAUCAAAACUGAACUGAGUUAUGAAACUUCAAAAACUUUGACAAAAAGGCAGGCUACCUUGAAUAGGCAAACAUCUGAUGAUGAUGAUGAAGAUGAUGAGCCACUGCUGUCAGGAUCAGGUGCGGUGCAAAAGGAGUGUACCGAGGAAGAGCUAGGCAGCUGGUCGGAUCUGUUAAACAAAUGGAAGGACAUCACUAUUAAGCCAAGACAACUACCAGGACUUGUGAGAAAGGGCAUACCAGAUCCUCUCCGUGGACAAGUUUGGCAAAUGAUGGCUGGUGUGAAGGAAAAUGAUGAACUCAUCGAGGGUUAUAAACAUUUCAUUAAGAAGGAAUCUCCAACAGAACAGGUGAUCAAGUGGGACAUUCACCGUACCUUCCCAGCACAUGAGUACUUUAAAAGCACUGGAGGAGAGGGUCAGGAGACAUUGUAUAAAAUCAGUAAAGCCUACUCUGUUUACGAUGAGGAGGUGGGUUACUGUCAAGGACUGUCAUUCCUGUCAGCAGUGCUUCUGUUACAUCUUCCAGAGGAGCAAGCAUUUGCACUGUUGGUGAAGAUAAUGAGUGAUUAUGGGCUAAGAGAUAUUUUCAAACACGAGUUUGAGCAGUUGCAUCUGAAGUUUUUCCAGCUGGACAGAAUGAUUGAGGACUCGAUGCCAGACCUCCACAGCCAUUUUCAGUAUAAUGAUAUAGAGACCCACAUGUAUGCCUCGCAGUGGUUUCUGACUUUGUUUACGGCCAGGUUUCCAUUAUCAAUGGUGUACUGUAUCAUGGAUCUCUUCCUAUGUCAUGGAAUGAGAGUUAUUUUUCAAGUAGCUUUAGGCCUUCUCAAGGCCUCUCGUAGGGAACUCAUCCAAAUGGAUUUUGAGGCCAUACUAAAGUACUUCAGAGUGUCCAUGCCGAAAAAGUACCUAGACGAAGACGAGUACAAGAGACUCAUAACCUCUGCUCUAAGCUUUCGGGUGACAGAGAAAAAGAUGAAGAAAUACGAAAAGGAGUACUUACUGAAGAAGGAACAGGAGGCACAGCUCGAAGACCCCGUUGAGAGGCUAACACGUGAAAACAAGAGGUUCUUUGAAGACAACUUGAGACUUGAACAAGAAAACGAUAGCCUUGCCCACGAGUUGGUUAGUACCAAAGUAGAACUUCACAGCAAGCUGGCAGAGGCAGAAGAAAAAGUGGAAGAGUUGUCCAAGGCUCUGAGCAACGCGACCAUCUCGCUGGUCGAAUCAGAGGAUCAAAGGGAAAAACUGGAAGUCGAGGGGUCUCAGGUCAAAGAAAUGUAUCGGCAGACCAUUGAGCAGGCUGAGGAGGAUAAGAAACGGCAUAUCACUGUCAUUGAACAGUACAAAAAGAUUUGCAAAGAAAAGGAGGAAAGAAGCGAAGAGCUGAAGGAAGAUUUGCGGCUGGAACUCUUGGAAGUCAAGAGACGAAUAGGGUCAUGUGAAAACUGCUCCGCUCUCUUCUCGGAGGAAGGUCACGUGUCACUGGAGGCUGGCGGAAUCGCUGCAUUCAAGACAAGUGUGAAGCUUGUAGAUUCCGAGCAGUGCCUCAGGGAACUGGAACUGGAGCUUGCGCAAACGAAGCUUUCUCUGGUGGAGGCCGAAUGUCGUUCUCAGGAGUUAGAGCAUAGGCUGGCGGCCAUUGAGGCGGCGACUGGUGAAAGCAAACCCUGGUUCAAGAGAAUUAGUUUGGUGAAGGAUGCCGGGAAGUGAAUGAUGGUCAUGCAGUGAUGAAUUAAGCUCGUUUUUUGUUAAACGACGAUAACACUUUUUUUUUUUACUGUAUAACUCAUUUUCUUGGUGCAUCAAGAGCUUCUGGCUAUUUUGAGUAAUGUACUUCAACAGUGCAUAACAGAAACGUUUCUUUUCCUUUUUUUUAUUCGUUUUAUUUGUUUGUUUGUUCGUUUUUUUUAACGAGACGGUCUUAGUUGUCGCCGUGAAAGAAAUAGUUUCUGUCCUCUGUUAAUACGUAACUUAAUGAUGUAAAUUCUUCCAAUAGGGGAACCUCAGACAACAGAAAGUGAAGGAUUUUUUUGGGUUCAAAGUAUGCUUCAACUCGUUCCCAGAACCCACCUUAUGUCGCGGAAAGACCAUGAAAACAAUGUUAUCCUAGAAAGCUUUGUCCCUGGAAGGUCUCUUCCUAAACUUGACUCGAGGACAGCAGUAGUUAUAGUAUUUCUUCCUUUUUGGUUGCCCGACAACCACAAAUUUAAUUGAAUUGUGUUAGUGCCAGCUUGAAAUAGAAAAAUUUUUCCUCACAAAGUUUCCUACGGAGAAAUGAUGAUAAGAAGUUACUUAAACUGAUUUAAAAUUCCCGCCUGGAAAAUGGCUUUUAAAACGAAGAAGUCAAACAGUAUUUUUUGGUGUUCUUGUAGCUUUUAUGGAAAAAAAUAGCAUUUGAAUUUUUUCCGUCUUCUCUGUGAGAUGAAUACGAUUAUGGAUAUGUUAUUGCGAAAAUUCUGUACAUAGACGAUCGUAGUGACAUUAAUUGAGUAUUUUAAAGUUUUGUUAGUUCUUGCGUCAUUUAUUUCUGCAAGUUUUCUCCUUAGCGACUUCAUUUGGAAAAUAAUAUAUCACUUAAGAUCAAUAACUUACUAAAUAGUUGGGAUAUGUAAAAAAAUUGCUGGUGAAAUACAAGGGGUUAAAUGUUGUUGACGCGAAUAAACAGACGCUUCUGUUUAGA